AGCCAGACAGCCAGACAGCCAGACGAACCGACUGACAGAAGCAGCAGUAGCAGCAACAAUGAAAGCCAUAGUCCUCCAACCCAUCGCGCCCGGCAAGCCCGGCGAGAUCUUCUACCCUCUACAGACGAUCACCACUCCCACGCCGACCGCCGGUCCCGGCGAAGCCGUAGUCCGUAUCGUCGCCGCAUCGCUGAACCACCGCGACCUCUUCCAGCGGCGGGGGCUAUACCCGGGUACCGCGCCCUCAAUCCCACUUCUCGCAGACGGGUACGGAGUAGUCGUAACGCCCACAUCGAAGUUCUACCAAAAGGCGGUGAUCAUCAAUCCGGCGCGGGGCUGGGCCUCCGAUCCACGGGGGCCGGAGAUCGGCGGUAGCGGCGGUGCGGGCGGGUUCGCAAUCCUCGGCGGGACAAAGCACUACCGCAGCGGGACGCUGCAGGAGUUCGUAGCGAUUAGCGAGGAGGAGCUGGUUAAGGCGCCGGGACACCUGUCGCCCGAGGAGGCGGCUGCCCUGCCGCUGUGCGGUCUGACCGCUUGGAGGGCCGUCGCGAGUAAAGCCCAGGUGGCUGCCGGCGAGAAUGUGCUCAUCCCGGGCAUUGGAGGCGGGGUCGCACUGAUGGCGCUGCUGUUUGCGGUCAAGAGGGGUGCCAAGGUCUGGGUUACCAGCAGCUCCAAGGAGAAGAUCGAGAAGGCGGUCGCGCUGGGCGCUGAGGGAGGUGUCCUGUAUACUGGCGCCGCGUGGGAGAAGGAGUUGGCCGCGCUGCUGCCGAAGGAUAGGCCCUGGCUCGAUGCGGUGGUUGAUGGAGCUGGUGGCGAUGUGGUCAACAAGGUCACGCGGAUCAUGAGGGACGGCGGACGCGUGGUGAGCUAUGGGAUGACGUUGGGUCCCAAGAUGCCGUUUACGAUGGGCGCGGUGCUGAAGAACCUCGAGCUGCUUGGGAGCACCAUGGGCAGCCGACAAGAGUUCUUUGAGAUGGUCGAGUUUGUAGCGGAGAAGAGGCUCAGACCGGUCAUCAGCAGGGUUGUGAAGGGCUUGGAUGAACAACAGCUCGAAAGUCUGUGGGAAGAUAUGGAGAAGGGACGGCAGUUUGGGAAAUUGGUUAUCAGAGUGGCCGAGGAUGCUGAGGCGGAGGAGAGGGGUAGGCUGUGAGCAUAUGAGCAGUACAAAUAACGAUAUCCACGAGAUUUAUGAAUGGGUAGAGUAGGAAUAUUAAGCAACAGGCAUUGACACCUCAUUGAUGGUAGACCCGACCGAAGAAGAAUGCAUAAACACAGUACAGUAGGGGAUGAUGGAAG